AUGCGCUUCUCCAAGACUCUCCUCGUCGCCCUCCCUGCGCUCGCGCUCGCCGAGGAGCAAGUGCCGCUGGCCGAGAAGGUCAAGGGCUGGUUUAACAAGGCCCAGGGCUAUGUCUCCACGGCCAUUCCCGCCGUGCAGUCGCCCAUCAAUGCCGGCGCGUCCAAGGUCGUCGAGAAGGCCGUCGCCAACCUGACCCUGGAGAACUGGCGCGACGUUGUGACUCCCAGCGUCUCCGCUCAAGGCUCCGCGCCCGAGGAGUGGCUGAUCUACCUGACCGGCGGCAACAAGACCUGCUACGGCUUGUGCGGAAACACGACUGAGGCCUGGACCAAAUCUGUCCCUCUCCUCUCUGCCAGCCCCAAGUCGCCUAACCUUGGCCAAGUCGACUGCGAGGCCGAGCCCGUCCUCUGCAACACCUGGGCCGCCGGUCCUCCUUCGAUCCUGCACGUGCUUCUUCCGGCUCCCCUCGCUGAUCAGUCCACCCCGGCCACCACCGUCCGCUUCAUCAGCCUGAACAGGACCACCACCACCGCCACCGAUAUCGCCAAGAUCUCCCUCGAAGAGAAGUACAAGGAGACUGAGCCCUACGAGGGCGUUUUCCACCCCUUCGACGGCGCCCUUGUCAAGUACGGCCUCGCGGUCCCCGUCGCCUACGCCAUCUGGGGUUUCUCCAAGAUGCCUAGCUGGCUGCCCAUGAUUGCCAUCUCCAUGCUCAGCAGGACUUUCGUCCGGAGAGGUGGACCCACUCCCGGUGGCCCGCGCCCUGCUGCACCUGCCGCCGCGCAGUAG